UACAUAUUUCUGUUAGGAAUCAUUAAAAGUCCAUGUGUUUUUCUUUUAUUUUUCUGUGGCACUCUUCUAAUUCCAUACAGGUGUCUUUUUUGACUUAUCUCUCAUGGUUACCAUGCCGGUUUCAAAGUGAUUGUCUGAUCUAAAGGACCUUUUAUCCUAUGCGUGUGUGUGCGCGCGUUUUCUUCGUUAAUGUCACUUAUGCGCGUAUUUCCGUGCAACCACUGGAUGAUCCUGGCGUGGAUGGAUUACGCGGCGCACAUGCAUGUCACAUCUGGGAGGGGCGUCGCUGCCGUGACAGUGUUGAGUCAGCUGGCGGUGUAGAUAGAGGCUCCUCGCUCGGUGAAAAAGGGGGACCUUUCUUCUGCUCAGAUGCGCAGCGCCCCGACGCAGCGGAGGUCGUGAGGCUGCGUGUAAAUUACAGUCGGGACGCGGAGCCGUUUUGUUCGUUCCUUUUCGUUUUGGAGUCCAUCUGAUCAACAAAACCUCUGUUUUCAAACGGAUUUGCUGUCGUCGACUCGCGCAAUGAUUGUGUUUCUCAGCCUCGUCUUGUCGUAGAGGACCACGGAGACCUCGGAAGGCAUCUGUCAUGCUCGCCGAUGUUCAAGGCUGCCAGGAUGGCAAGCUGUCGGCUGACAGGAUUGCAGCUCUGCAGGAGAGAAAACGGGCCCUGGAGGCUCUCCUCAGCUCCAGAGUUGGAGAGCUCAAACAAGUCUGUUUGCAGGAAGCAGAGCUAACUGGGAAGUUGCCACAUGCUUUCCCUCUGGAGGCGGGAGAAACCCCCCCAGUGGUGCAGCGCCGAGCUGGACUUGUGCCCCGCACCAAGGUGGAGGACGACUUUGCCCAGAGAAGGCAGAUGAAGGCCAUCUUCACAGGUGCAUUGUACAGCAGACACACAGAAUCAGACAGAAACGGCCCCAACAGCAAAAGGACGGUGCAUCGGGGGUGUCACACAGAGGACACAGUGGUGUCAGAGAGUGCAAGCUCUAUGUCGGAUUCAACGUCCCAUGACAACGAGUCAUCGCCCAGCGUGGCUGCUGACCAGCGCUCCCUGUCUCAACCACGACUCACUGCGGGCAGCCCCGACCACAGAAUCAGCAGGAAACUGUCUCCAGUUGAGAUUUACUACGAGAUGAGGACUCGCCGCAACUCUGUGACAAGCUCUGUUAGCCCGACUCACUCGUUACCUAGAAGUGCUUCAAACGUUGAAGGUAGAAGUGUUCCAGCCACGCCUCUGUUGGCCCGGACGGCUCCUGUCAGUGUUCACGCCAGGUCAGAUGCAUCAGGUGGUAACGGCUUAAAGCAGUGGUCCGGCAGCCUGGAUGUCCCAUACAUGAUUCCACUGGCUCAGGAAGGCUCGCCGUCUGAUCGCCGCAGCUGCCCAUAUAGCUCCCGUGCAAGGCGCAGCAACAGCUCUGAGGCUCUGCUGGACAGGUCCAGCCUCCCAGAUGACCCCCCACCCAGGAAUGGAAUGCCACACAGGGGGGGGCCAUACAAGAGCUCGGAGACCCUGACCGAUGGCAAACUUCGCCAGAUUCACUUGGGCAGCCCAGAGAGACACGCCGACAGCUCAGCAGAUAAGGUUACAAUGCGGCUGUCGGUGGGUGGCAGAGGGGCCAGCGGGGGCUACAAUGAGCUUCUCAUGGAUUACAUCUGGGGGAAACAGCAGAGGAUGCAGCAUCACCUGUACCAAUCCACAGGCAGAAUCUGGCAGGACAUGUCCUCCCCUCGCUCCUCCACUGCAGCGGUGCCUUCUCAUGCUAACGGAUUUUCCCAUUCCCAGGUGCAUCUUCCCAGUGCUGUGCCUCCAUACAGUCCAAUGGUUCUCAGGGGGUCAGAGGCGGAGCUACGCAGGGUCAAAGUCACUAGAACCAAAUCUUGUGGACCUUUUAUUCCUUUGCAACAACAUGCCCAGGAUGGCAUCCUGUUAUCAGCUUAUGAGCCCUCCAUUCCUGCCACCGGGACCACUAUGUCCUCCGUCCCAAACCCCCACCCUUAUCAGACUGAGCUGUCUGGGCCCUCCUUCAGUCGUAGACAUACACAGUUUUCGCUUCAAACUCCAGAAGAUUCAACAAGAAGUCUGCAUAAAGCUCUGGCUCUGGAGGGACUCAGGGACUGGUACCUUAGGAAUGCUCUCGGCUACCCCUCUGCUGCCUCCAAGGGACACGAAGCGGGCAUCUCUCGGCUCUCCCACCCUCACCCUCUUGUGCACCAGGCGCAUUCCCUUCAAGGCGAACCGGCUAACCUGCAAAAGGCUCAGAUACCCCAGUCAGCCAGCUUCCAUGGUCAUCCACUGCAUGGGCGGUCAGUGGAGUUUUCUCUCUUCCAGGAGACUCCAGAUCCACAAAUGCAAGCUGCGACCCCAAAGGAGCCGAGCGCUGACCCUGGGACGCUGGUCUGAAGCAGCAGAAUCCAAACCCCAAACUGUGUUUUGAGCAAAAACCCUCUCGCCUCAUGUAGACCUGCAUUCUGGUACAAACACUCAAGCUGACACAAUGUGACCUCAACUGCAAACAAACCUCAGCAGAAGCAAACCAGAUUACACGGCGGACUGUUUCCUGUGUUGCAGAUGAGCCUUUAAAUUCACGUUUUCAUGUGGAGGCUGAGCGACGGCUUCUUUUACCGGUGUGGUCAUGCUGUACGUCAUUUAUAAAUACCUGUAUUCCAACAAAGAGCAAGGUCCCUCCUAAUAAUGCUGAAAUAUCUACUAAGAUAUAAUUUUCUACUGAAUAUAUACAAGAACUCUAAAUGAAUAUUUUGUAUAGACUGAAAUAAGAAAAACAGUUAUAUCAAAGAGGUAAUAUAUUGCUCAUAAGCAUAUGGUAUUACAUCAUUGAAUGUGUUAAGUAACAAAAACCCAGUGCUCAUCUCAACGUUUUAUUUUCCUCACUGAUCCAAUCCAGCAGGCCAGUGACUGUAGCGCAGAGAUGUUCGGACAGGAGUGCCUCAUCGUUUUCAUGUCGAGACCGAACAUUUACUGUUAAGUGCUAGCAUCGGGCUUUCGAGGGUUUUCAUGAAAAACAGCUCCACGAUGUCACUCAAAUAGGGUAAUGAUGUCAUACUGUUAUUUAUGUUGGUUUCCACAUUCAGCAGAGGGCUGAAGGAUCAGUGUAGCUUUCUCUGUGCAGACUUGGUGAGAAUGAAGAGUUCCGGUGCGAGAAAACCUUCGGAAUGUAGCGAGACACGACUGUACGACAACAAACGGGCUGAAUUGAGUGGAAUAGGUGUGUCACGCAGAGCACUUUAUGAACAUCCUAAGCCUUAAUUCCCUAUGACAUUGUCCCCAAGUGAGACACCUGGCAAGAAAAGGGUUUUAGACAGGGUUUAUAAUGGGGCAAAUUUGACGUUUUUUUUUUCAGCAUCUGCUGAAGUGUUUGCUUGUAAAUAGAAUGGGUUGUUCUGGUGACUUUGAAACUUUUCUUUCAAUGCUAACAAAGUUGUUAUUCAAACUAACCACAUAUCUCUGUGUCAACCGUUUCACCCCAACCGAGCACCACAAGCUGUUUAUGUGAAGAGAACAGAACCUCUGCAGUAUUGAGUGACGGUGUGAGCAGGUCUCAGACCAGUACAUCUUAAUAAAAAUUACAGAUUCCCUUCAGUUUUAAUGAUUUAUUUGUAUUGUGUGUUUGUUUUUUUUUAUGUUUCAGCAUUUUAUAAUCCGUUUCAGUAGCAUUAUAAAAAGACGAGACAAAGAAGAAACGGAAAAUACUUGUUUUUUGUAAUACCAUAUUUUGUAGAUCUUUUGUUGGCAUUUUUAUAUUCAGACUGGUUUGAAUGUAAUAAUUUAUACAUGUAUUUUUUUUUAACAUUACCUGUGUUCCUCUGCAGUUUGACGCGUUCAUGUUUUUUCCCCCGUUUUUGGAUCAGCAGAGCUCCUCUCAUCUUGUAAUUUGAAAUCAAAGACCAAACUGCUGUGCACUUGGGGUUAGAAAGAUAUUUUUCAUACUACGUACUCUGUAAGUUUAAAAUAAAGGAUAUAAAUUUAGCUCUAAUGCAAAUGUAUUCAAACUAUAUUUAUGAACUUAUAACAUUUUGUAGCCAUCUACUGUAGCUCUUUACUGUCAUCUGCAGAUGUACGUUUAGAUGUGUGAUGUGUUCUUUGAUUACCUUUUAAAAAAAAUUCAAGUGCAGCUGUUUUAUAUUUUCUUUGUUUCGUUAUAUUCAGGCUGUUGACCUUCAACAGAGCUGCCAUCUACUGUAUGUAUGCGAUUGUGCAUUAAUUCUACUAAAUAAACUUUCAUGUUGGGGAAAAAGUGUA